AUGAAGGCUUUACGACCGGCUAGCAGGAAAUCGUCUUCGGACUGUAUACUCGCCAGAAGUCACCGCGAUCAAGGGAAGUCACCGCCAGCUCGAGAAGUCAUCGCCAGCAAGGGAAGUCACGUCGACCACGAGAAGUCAUCGCCAGCAAGGGAAGUCACGUCGACCACGAGAAGUCAUCGCGAGCAAGGGAAGUCACGUCGACCACGAGAAGUCAUCGAGCUAGAGGAGUCACCGCGCCGGAGAAGUCAGCAAGUAAGGGACGGACGAGCCAUCAAUCGACACACCAUCUUCUGUCGCACUGUGAUAUAA